AUGGUCGGCGUCCCUGGGAGGUCCAAAGGAUGCAAUACAUGCCGCAGACGAAAAAAAGGUCGACCCGUUUGCGGCCAGUGUCUCAAAUCGCGCGUUGAAUGUACAGGCUACGAACGUCAACGGGUCUUCAUCAACGCUAGCGGACCGGUGGCCGGCCAGACCUUGUCUGUCUCACGGGCGUCUCCGCCCGUCCACGAUGUCUCGCUACACCCCGAUCUCGCACGCUCGGCGUACGAGGUCAAGUAUCUUGAUCUCUUCUGGCGUGCGUACCUCCCCAGCGGCAAAGCCUUUACACCAUAUGCAUCGGGAUACUCGAUCGGCGGCUGGACCGCUGUCGCUCGCGAUCUGUUUCACACGGACGGCGCGCUGAGGAAAGCACUCCUCGCAAUGUGUCUUGGGACGCUCGGUCGUGAAGGUGGCGAGCCGUGGAUGGUGAGGGAGGGCUUGAGGUCCUACACGCAAGCGCUAGGCGAAAUGACUAUCGGACUACGAUCACCAGAAAAGAGGAGCUCGGAUGCCUUUCUGGUUGCGUCGAGGUUAAUGGGACUGUAUGAGACCAUCCCGUGGACGAAUGCGGCCAAGGUGCCCAAAGACCUGCUUCUGGACAUCUUCGUGGAUAUCCCCGGUCUUCUAGAGGACCUUGAUGCCCUGGCGCUGUGUGACGAUGCGGCGUUGAGACCGUUGCUCUACGCACGGCUGGUUGCCGAUUGCUGGCGUACAGACGAGAGAUUGGUCUCAUGGUUCGAGGAGCAAAGUCCCCGAGCCCAUCUCGAAGCCCUCAAGGAACGUGAAUACAAGGAGCCCACCCCAGAAGACACUGCGGUUGCCAUGUCUAUGAGCCUGUAUUGGACCGCUUGCUUGCUCACGUAUUCCACGCUCAUUCUCGUUCUGACAUUCAAUCCGACAUCUCCGCUAGACAUUACUACCUUACCAGAGCGCAUGAACCUCAACUCUUACUGCGCUGCCAUUGCCGACAUCCUCGAGAUCUUCUUCCAGCCCAGUUCUGGCAUUUUCAGCGUGCAACUCGUCCCCCUGCCACUUGGUAUCGCGCUCUCUUACCUUGCGUCGACCCUGAAGCCGGGCACGCCGCCCCCCACGGAGCUCAAGAAAUUGCUCGGUUAUUUUACGCGGGGCGCAGGUGGGCCCUCUGUCGGAAGCUUCUUGAGAAGUAUGAUGCUCAAUGGCAUGGGGAAACUAAGCAACGCAUCCAAGUCGGCGAACGCCGACAGAUUCGAACGCGCAAUCAGUGGUAGGCCUACCCCUGACGAUAUCAAGUGCGUGCAGGGUGUAUCAGAGGGUUGGGCAAGGUCUGCGCCCCUCCAGAAUCCCCCCAUCAUGUCCGAACGGGCGACUAGUAUUAGCAGGACUUGA